CCAGUUUUUUUUUUCUUUUUUCUUUGCUGUGGAAAUUUUUUUUCUUUUAAGAAAAGAGUAGGAUGUCUACUUUACACAUGUUCGGCGAUGUUGCUGCCUCAAAGCACUCUUUGAGACGCAAUUCAGCCCCUAGUAUGGACGACUCUUAUUUCAGUACUUUAAGCACAAGUAGUAGUAGUAGUAGUAGCAGCAAUAUGUUUUCUUCUGUUGAGACAACAGUAGCCUCACCUAUUCCUUCACCUUCUGUUUCUUCUGCUGCUAGAACACACCAACAUCGCUUGAAUGCUGCACAAGAACAAAGAACUUACCGAGACAGUUGUCAGCGUCUUUUGUCUCACAUUAGUUCUGUUGUUGGUAUCUGUCAAGAACUCAAGACAUCCAACCAAACCAAAUUUCCUAUCUUUUACCCCUUGACAACUAAACCCAGCAUGACUCGUUCUCAGACAUUGGACAGUAGCCAAGUAUUGGAUGCUAUGCGCCGUUCAUCUGUCACUGAAGCAGACACAUUUGCUCAACAAUUAGAAAACCACCGUCUGUUGUCUCAAGAGACUAAGGACCUCAACAUUUUAUCCUUGGACUUAAAGAUGGGUCAUGGCCAUCAUGAUCUGAUCAACACUUUGGAAAGCAAGUCUAUUUCCAACUUGUUGAAUGAUCGUCUUGACCAAAGCAUGCGUCAUUUGGAUAAACUCCAUACCCGUGUGGCUGACACUUCUUCCAAAGUGCUUGUGACGGGUGACUUGAAUUCUGGUAAAUCGACUUUUGUGAAUGCCUUGUUGAAGCGUGAACUCUUGCCUGCUGAUCAACAACCUUGUACUAGUGUAUUCUGUGAAGUCUUGGACGCCAUGUUGAAUGACGGCCUUGAACAAGUGCAUGCUAUUCCUGUCGUUAAGAAAUACAAUCGCCUUGAUCCUGAUACAUACCAUGUUAUUGAGAUGCGUCAUCUCUACAAGGUCAUUACAGAAGACUAUGAGCAAUACAAGAUGCUCAAGAUUUAUGCUAAUGAUGCCAGAACCACACAAGAGUCCUUGUUACAUAAUGGUGUGGUUGAUAUUGCCUUGAUUGAUUCUCCCGGUUUAAAUACCGACUCAGUCAAGACGACAGCUGUCUUUGCUCGUCAAGAAGAAAUUGAUGUAGUUGUGUUUGUUGUGAGUGCUGAAAACCAUUUCACUCUUUCUGGUAAAGAAUUCUUGUGGAAUGCUGCCAAUGAAAAGACACAUAUCUUUAUUGUUGUGAAUCGAUUUGAUUCUAUUCGUGACAAGGAUCGUUGCAAGCGUUUGAUUUUAGAACAGAUUCGUCAAUUAUCGCCUGCUACGUAUGCUGAUGCAGAUGACCUGGUCCACUUUGUCAGUGCUGGCAAUGUUGACUUGGAACCUGGAUCUCGUAAAUUGGAUGCACCUGAUUUUGCUCGUCUUGAACAACGUUUGCGUGCAUUUGUGUUGGAGAACCGUACGAAGUCUAAAUUGUUGCCUGCCAAGAACUACUUGGUCAAUCUUCUGAUGGACAUCCAUGUCUUGUCUGAGGCCAACCGCAAAAAGGCUUCUGAUGCUUAUGCUAAUGCUACAAUGGAGCUAGAAAAGGAUUUACCUGCCUAUCAACAACUGCUGCGUGUACGUGAUCGCGUAUUAGACCAAGUUGAAAAGACAGCUGAAGUAGCUGUAUCUGCUAUUCAGAUGCAUGCAACCAACAAACUCAACCAAGCUGUUGAAAACGUAGGCCAUGCUAUCAACACCAUUGAGUAUCCUGGUAUCUUGUUGAUUUGGCAAUACGCUCAAGAUAUUGCUGAUUCUAUGGUACAGAAACUCCUGAAGGACGUACAUCAAGAAGAAGCACAUGCACGUCAAGAGACAGCUGUUUGUCUUGAGCGCCUUCACCGUAUGGGCACUGAAAACUUGGGUGCUUAUCCAUUAGCUGCUGAUGUGAACAAGAUGUGCCUCAAGAACCGUGAUCGACGUGUGACCAUCUCGGUUGAACCCACUGAUUUCUUUGAUUUGGUCUUGGAUGAUAAAUUAUCAGGGGCUGCUCUCUCGAUGGGUGCUGCUGCUAUGGUGGGUGGUCGUAUGCUAGGCUUCAGAGAUGCUGUCUCUAGUAUCUGGAGUGUGUCCAACAUGAUGGGCAACACUAACAUGCGUCGUUGGGUUGCACCUGUUGUAGGUGUAGCCAGUGUUGGUUUCUUUGUCUAUGUGGUAUCUGAUAUGCGCUAUGCUGUUGAACGUAAAUUGCUCAAGAAAUUCAAGCAAGCUGUGCGCGACACAGGCUAUGUUGAAGGACAGAGUCACCGUAUUGCUCGCGAAAGUCGUAAAGUACUUCGUGUUGAAGGCUGGGAAAUUCAAAACCGUAUUCAAAAGGCUAUUGAAGAAAAAGAAAAGAAGCGAUCUGAUACUGAAGAAGAAGCUGUUGUGUCCAAAGAAACAGCUGAAUACUUUGCUUCAAUCUUGAACAAGUCAGAUUUUUUGCUUGAAAAGAUUCAACUUGUAUCUACAGAUCCUCAUCAUUUAAUGAUCAAGGAUGCUUCCUAAAUCUUUACUUAUAUUCCCUCUUCUCUUCUUUAAACGCAUGCCCAUUCUUUCUUUCUUUCUCUCUUUUUCUCUUUCUCUUUCUAUUUCAUAUUCAUAUCAUCUUCUUUUAUCAUUAAAUAUUAUAUUUAUUUAUGAA